UCUAGCAGCCGACAGCCACUGUGCGCCGUGCCACGCGAGGAGAGCAGGCCACUGCUUUCGAUCUCCGUCAGUCAGAAGCGUUCAGAGUGCUGACCUUGACGGCGCGGCGUUUCUUCCUCCCCGAUCUUGCCGAAAUCCCACGAGCCAUGGCGUCAGCAACCAAGAUCGUGGGCAUCACCACCAACUCCCUGCUCAAGGCUGCGCCGGUGUCGCUGUCAUCGGCCGCGCCGUCCAGGCACAACUCAUGGUGGUCCCACGUUCAGAUGGGUCCCCCCGACCCAAUCCUGGGUGUGACCGAGGCGUACAAGCGCGACCAGAAUCCCAACAAGAUCAAUCUUGGUGUUGGAGCGUACCGUGAUGACAACGGCAAACCUUUCGUUCUGCCAAGUGUACUUGAGGCUGAAGAGCGCAUGCGCAAGAAGGCACUGGACAAGGAGUAUGCUCCCAUCUCUGGUCCUGCUGAUUUCUGCAAACACAGCAUUGCACUUGCUCUGGGUGAAGACAGUGAACAUCUGAAGAACUCUCUGAAUGCUACAGUACAGGGUAUUUCGGGAACUGGGUCCCUGCGUAUUGGUGGUGCUUUCCUUCAACGAUUCUUCCCUGGGUCGAAAGACAUCUACCUGCCAACUCCUUCCUGGGGAAACCACACACCCAUUUUCAAGGAUUCUGGACUUAAUGUAAAGCAGUACCGUUACUAUGACCCUGCUACCUGCGGACUUAACUUCCAGGGUGCUCUGGAUGACAUUUCAAAAAUCCCUGAGAAAUCUAUUAUCUUACUGCAUGCCUGUGCACACAACCCAACUGGUGUGGACCCCAAGCCAGAGCAGUGGAAGGAGCUUUCAAAGCUCAUCAAGGACAAAAAAUUGUUCCCCUUCUUCGAUAUGGCCUACCAGGGCUUUGCAUCAGGUGAUGUUGCCCGUGAUGCGUUCGCUGUGAGGCUUUUUGUGAAGGAAGGUCACCACAUUGCUCUUGCGCAGUCCUAUGCCAAGAAUAUGGGCCUCUAUGGUGAGCGUGCGGGAGCAUUCUCUCUCGUUGCUGGCAGCAAACAAGAAGCUGACACUGUCAUGUCCCAGCUGAAGAUUCUUGUCCGACCUAUGUAUUCCAACCCUCCCGUUCAUGGAGCAAGAAUUGUGGCUGAAAUCCUUGGUGAUGCUUCUUUGAAGGCCACUUGGCUGAAGGAUGUGAAGGGAAUGGCAGACCGUAUCAUUUCUAUGAGGACACAGCUCAAGGAUAACUUAAAGAAGGAGGGAUCGUCCCACAACUGGACUCACAUCACUGACCAAAUUGGAAUGUUCUGCUUCACUGGCAUGAAGCCCGAUCAGGUUGAACGGCUUACCAAGACUUUCAGUGUUUACCUUACCAAGGAUGGACGCAUUUCUAUGGCUGGAGUCACCAGCAAGAAUGUUGGAUACCUCGCAAAGGCUAUGCAUGAGGUCACCAAGUAAAUUUCCUGAAAACACCUUUUUUAUAUGCCCCCCCCCCCUUCCCCUGUUGCCCCCUUUUAAAAUGCCAAACUUUUUAAUGUAUUUUACUGUGCAUUUGUUAAACUGUAAGUUACCUGUACAAUUUAGUAUAUAUAUGUUACUUGUGAUGUAUGAAUCUGUCCACAAAGAAAACCAAUCACAUCAGAUCUCUAGUCGCACUCAAUCAAAUGCAUUCUUAAAGCUAUCUAAAUCAAAUUAAUGCAACAUUCCUGCAAACUGUUGUGCACCUAUUUUUAUAAUAGAAAAUGUUGAUGCAUUUGAUGUUCCGGUACAGUUGUAAAGACAUGCCUAUAAAGCCUUUAUGAAUAAAAAACAAUUCCUCACUGUUUAAA